UGUGUAAGCGUUUUAAGGUGUUUUACUUUGAAAGUAUUUACAGGAAGUCGUAUAAAAAAUAGAAGGCCAGUCCACUCGUCUGAUGAUAAACGUGCCAUACACCGUCCGAAGACAAGAGGCGUGAACGUCGCGGUGUAGCUGCCAGCAUACAGUGAGGCGUUGUCUGUUCAUUUAGAAAUGGAUAUCGGUGGAGUAUCAAGGAAACCAGUGCCUAUCCUCUCUGCUGAAGAGGCCAUAGCCACCUUUAAACCGGACGUGGACAGACCCCGCUGUUCCAGCACCCCUUGUUCCCCCAUCAAAAGUACUCUUGGUGGAUACCAGAUUGUUCACAUGGACUCCAACUUCCUGGUGGGCUUCACCACAGGUGAAGAGCUGUUGAAAAUGGCCCAACACUGGUCCUCCAGCGCCCCGGACCAGAGCUCUCUACCGGGCGCAUCUCCUGGCUUUGUUUCGACCACUGGACCCAAAGCGAACGAUUUGGGUAUUCACCGGGGAUCCCACGUCCUUAAAGCCAAAAGCCGAUCCUACCAGCCUUACGGCGUGCCCGCUGCUAAUGGGCGGAGUCGGAGGCGUCUGCCCAGCUCAGGUGACACCCUGCUCAGGUCCUUGACACAAGGGGAGUCUAGAAGGGGCCUUCAUGGACCCUUACCCCUCUGUCUAAUCAAAGGGAACAGGGCGCAGGCCAAGUCUCUAGACUACCUCAAUCUAGAUAAAAUGAGUAUUAAAGAGUCAACCGACACAGAGGUUCUCCAGUUCCAGCUUCAACACCUGACUCUGCGUGGAGAGUGCUUGUUCUCCAGAAACCAAACAUGAAACGACGUCAGAAUGCCUUUUUAGGCACCAUCUGCCCUUGCUAGGGAUUUUGGUGCUUGCAGCUUUGUUUUUCCAUGUUCAUAUGAUAGGCGGGUUGUUAGCGAGAUACUAUUUAAUAUUUAAUAUUGUUGAUUUAAAAAUUGGAAGGUGGAGGCUAAGCAUGGAGAUGCAUAUUAAGUUAUUCACAGUUGUGAGGAAUUGGUUAGGGAUAAUAUUUCGAAAAGGAAGGAUGGUUACAAAAAUGUGAAGUAUGUCAAAAUUAGCAAUAACUAGUUAUAUAUUGAUAAUAUUAUGUUUGUACCGUAAUAUGAGUUAAUUAUGUGCAAAUGAAAGAGAUGAUGUAUGUGUGUGCUGACAAUGUUUCUAUUAACACUGGUAAAAAAUGGAUUAUACUACUGUCACGUUUGCAGAAUACUGUAUCCUUUCCUCCACUUGAUUGCACUUUGUUUGACACAUAUAAUCCAAACAAAAAAUAUAGCACACUCUUUCCGUUUUCAAACAAUCUAGCCUUAUACCCCGAAACUAUUUGUACGCUGUAUGCAAGCAUUGUGUAAAAUCAACUACUCGACAAAGUUUUCUCAUUACCCUCCUGUCCAAGAAGAAACGUAGGCUUUAUAUUUACCUGUGACUGUUAUUAGACUUGAGGUUAUUUAAGACCAAUCCUCUUUAGAGGAUUUGCCAGGGUGAGGCUUAGUGUCUGGUAGUGCCUGAAACUGAACCUUACUAUAGACAGACCUAGUCUCUUCUUUUACUAAAGUUAUGAUUGAUACUCAGAAAUAGUAACAGUGUUAGUGUAGGAUUUGUUUUAGUUGCUGCCUAAAACUGUGCCUGGGGUUGCCUAUUUACAAAAUGUAUUUACAUCAUUUCCAUAUGUAUGUGAAACUCGAUCUCCAAAAACGUUAAGAAACUGCAUUGUUGUGAUCUUUCUUUGAUACAUUUUAGAAGGCUGAUGAAAGAUAUCCAAGGAGCAUUAUCAUUUGGAUAGGUGUUAUUCUGUAAGGGGAAAACCAACUCAAUUACUAAAUGUCAAGCCAUUACAUUUACGAAUGACAUGUACCAAAAUAACGAAUAAACCCAAAUAUUAUUA